AUGGAAGAUUUCAAUGAUGCUGUCGACGGUAAACUUGCAUCUCGGAUGCGACAGGCUAAUCCAGAACAAUUUUAUACUCUUGUUAAAAUGCACUUGUCAUUUGAAUUAGAUAUUAAUACAGAAGACAAUGAUCCAGUAACAGAAAAAGCUAAAUUAAAAAAAUGGGGAUUGUUGAAUUUUUCAAAAAAACCAAAAUCAAUGAUGAUGAACUUACAUAAUCAAAAGCAUGGUGUUAGUCCGGAAGGUUCAGCGUUAACGACGGAAGGAAUUAAUCAAGUCAAACUAUUAAUUGCAUAUUUAUCCAAAGAACAAUGUAUUAGUCAAGAAGGAAUAUUUCGAAGAACAGGAAAAUUAAAACGUCAACAAGACUUGAAGUUACUUUUAUACCAAGGUCAAUCGCUGAAUCUCGAAGACGGUACCUAUAAUGUUCAUGAUUGUGCUUCCGUAUUAAAAAGUUUCUUAGCAGAAUUAUCUGAGCCAUUAUUAACAGAAUUAUAUUACCCCAUCCAUUGUCAAAUAGCCGAACUGUGUAACUCAGACUCAAUGGCUAUGGACUCAAGACUUUUGAUUUCAAUUCAAUUGCUGUUAUUAUUAUUGCCAUCAAAUAACCGAAUUUUAUUGAAACAUCUGCUUAGUCUUCUUAAUAAAACCGCUACUUAUGAAAGUAGUAAUAAAAUGAAUUGUGAUACGUUAGCGACGCUUUUUACUCCGCACUUAAUGUGUCCUAGAAAAUUAACACCUGAAGCAUUACAUAUCAACUCACAGCAUUUAUCCUGUUUAGUAGCAUUUAUGAUAAAAAAAGGUGAAGAAUUAUUUGAGAUACCGGUGAAAUUGGCAACUGAUAUACGGGCAUACUGGGUCGAUCAAGAGAGAAAACUAUUGAGCCCUAACAACAAAGAUGCAAUGCCAGAAUCAGCUAAAAAACGUCGCUUGGUGAAACAAUUCAAUAAAGAAAAUGGUCAGGGUACACCUCGCCAUAUAAAACAUCAACUACGCACUAAAAGUCUUGGAGAUUCCAUAAAAAAGCAUAUUUUCCAAAAGAAAAUAUUGGGCAAUAAAAAAUUAAUUGACAUUAAUAUUGGAUGUAAUAUUAGCAGAUGCAGUAGUGAAGAAAAUUUACACUUCGACAAAUAUAAUAAAAAAUCAAUGCUAUCGUCGCAAAAAUCAUUAAGUAAAUCAGAAGAUGAACUUAGUACUGACAGUUUUAUAUCACUAGACAAUGAUAAUCUCAAUCAUUCAAAGUGUAAAAGUGAUAGAACUGACUGUUUGAGUACACCUAGUAUCGGACGUAAAAUCAAAAAGAAAUUGGUUGUACUAGACCUAGAUACCGAAAAUGAUAGUAUAUGUAAAGACUCGCCUGUCGCUGAUCAAGAAGGUUUAUUGGAUGUGAUGAAGUCUUCCGAAAAUGUUUGUAUAACAUUUGAUAAAUCUAUUGGAGAAGUUAGUGAAAUAAAAUCAAAGGAACAAACUUUGUUAGAUAUUACAAAUAAUGUCCGCCGUCACAACAGUGAGCCACCAAAUGUCUAUUCCUCGAAAGAAUUGGUUGAUAAAAGUCCUACUGCGUCAAUAUCCAAUAAAUCUGAUUCACUUUUACCACCUAGAAGUUCGCCAGACAACGAAAUUUUAACAAUUCCAGGUUGUUCGGAAAUUUCGAAACCCGUCAGUAGUUGUAGUAAAAAAAGUAGUACAAAAGGCAACAGUUCAUCGCCAAAAUUAAAAACUAAACUUUGGCUGGCUCAUAGCGCUGCUUAUACGUCAACUCCAUCGGAUUUAUUACGUCGUAAUUUACCUAGUGAUUAUGGAUUAACUCCUAUUACUAGAAAUGAUAAGAGCAUGAGUCCCAUUACUCAAAGCGCUACUAAAAUGACUAAAGCUAUGCAGGAGACAAUGAUGACCCCAAGAUCAAGAAAACCAGUGAUGAUAUUGUCCGCGACGAAUCUCUGCAAUCUAUCGAGCGUGAACAAAGCCGACGGCCAAUCAGAACCUGCUAAUCAAUUAAAAGUUGUCAAUAUUGAUAUCGACGGUGACGGUAGCGAUGAUUCAAUAAAUGAAGAGUCGCCUAUGUCAAAAAUAGACAGCGUUGACGUUAGAAAGAUAUCGUGUGAGGUAAAUUCAGAAAACUAUUCAGAUCAUCGGCGCCCAACUAAUCCAGUACUUAAUGCUACUGAUCUAAAUGAUGACUGUAUUAAUACACAACCAAGUUGCAUGUCAAUAACGAGUACUUUCAGAGAGUACUUAUUAUCUCGCAGUGUUUUAACAGCAAGUCCGGUGGAUUUAAGUUUUACAUCACGAACAGAUGAUUAUGAACAAUCAGAAUCAGAUUUUAAUGGGCUAGAUGAAAAUGGUUUGUCGGACAGUUUAUUGCAUUGUCUAGAUGGUAAUAUUCCAAGUUCUGAUACAUCUGGGGUAGUUUCUGGUAGCACUAAUGACAGUUUUAGUAAUUCUACGGAAAAAAUACAGGAUGGUAAUCUUUCACCACGUAAACGUAGCACGAGCUUACAAAGAAAUGAUUCUAAACGGUCAAUUAAAAGUUGUCAACAUUUGAACGAUUCUCAAGAAUGCGAUGAUAAUGUAAUUAUAAAUCCUGCUAAUGAAAUGACUAUAAAUUCAAUUGAUUUGAAAGAUACUUUUCAAGAAACUUCGUUUUAA